CUCUCCUCGACCCGCAGGCUCACGGGAGCCUGGGCCCCGCCUCCCCAGGGCACGGAAACUGGCGAAGUCCCAGGGGUUCCCAUUUAUAGCUCGGUUUCCACUCAGCUCAGUCCCUCCUGAGUCCGGGCUGAGCAAGUUUCUUCCACUCUCUUCUCUCCUCCUCCUCCUCCUCCUCGUGCCCGCCCUCCCCUUCAGCCUCAGUAGGGCGCAGGUGUCCAACUCGAACAGGGUCCCCUCCUUGGAUCCAGGUGGUCCAGCUCUCAGACCCCCUGAUAACACAGGGGCGCCCUCCUGCUGCGCGAACCGCGAGCCGGAGCGCCCACAGUCUCGGCACUCAAGCGGCCGGAGUUUCUCAAUGGGAAGAGGGCGGGCAUCCAGGGGGCGGGACGAGUAGGAUCCCGCCCUCCCGCGGGUCUCGCAGACCUAGGGCGUGCAACCCGCGGUGUUGAGCAUCGAAGGCGGCGGAUGAGCCAGAUUUCGGGGACUCCAAGCCAGACAUAGGAUCUUCCAGCCUGGGGUGGGGAGAGUGGGGUGCAGAGAGGGGUUCCAGUCCAGCGUGGUGAGAGGCGUGCUGUCGAGGAAGAAGUUGGAGGGGACCAGUGCAGCCCUAAGUCUGCGGGAUCUUGGGGUACACACACUCGGAAUGCUGGGUCCCGCCCUCCUCGCCCUCCUCUGUUGCUUCAGAGGACUUGCAGGCCCAUCGCCCCAUUUCCUGCAACAGCCAGAGGACGUGGUGGUGCUGCUGGGGGAGGAAGCCCGGCUACCCUGUGCUCUGGGCGCUUACCGGGGGCUCGUGCAGUGGACUAAGGAUGGGCUGGCUCUAGGGGGCGAAAGAGACCUUCCAGGGUGGUCCCGGUACUGGAUAUCAGGGAAUGCAGCCAGUGGCCAUCAUGACCUCCACAUUAAGCCUGUGGAACUGGAAGAUGAAGCAACGUAUGAGUGCCAGGCUUCACAAGUGGGCCUCCGAUCACGGCCUGCCCAGCUGCAUGUGAUGGUCCCUCCAGAACCCCCCCAGGUUCUCGGUGGCCCCGAAGUGUCUCUGGUUGCUGGAGUUCCUGGGAAUCUGACCUGUCGGAGUCGAGGGGAUGCCCAACCUGCCCCUGAACUACUGUGGUUCCGGGAUGGGAUCCGGCUGGAUGGGACCACCUUCCACCAGACCACACUGAAGGACAAGACCACUGGGACAGUGGAAAACACCUUAUUCCUGACGCCUUCCAGUCACGAUGAUGGAGCCACCUUGAUCUGUAGAGCCCGGAGCCAGGCCCUGCCCACGGGGAAGGACACAGCCGUUACACUGAUCCUUCAGUAUCCCCCAGUGGUGACUCUGUCUGCUGAGCCCCAGACUGUGCAGGAGGGAGAGAAGGUGACUUUCCGGUGUCAAGCCACUGCCCAGCCUCCUGUCACCGGUUACAGGUGGGCAAAGGGGGGAUCCCCGGUGCUCGGGGCACGUGGGCCACGGUUGGAGGUCGUAGCAGACGCCACGUUCCUGACAGAGCCGGUGUCCUGCGAGGUCAGCAAUGCGGUGGGAAGCGCCAACCGAAGCACCGCGCUGGAAGUGCUGUAUGGACCUAUUCUGCAGGCAAAGCCAAAGUCCGUGUCCGUGGACGUAGGGAAAGACGCCUCCUUCAGCUGUGCCUGGCGAGGGAACCCACUUCCACGGAUUACUUGGACCCGCCUCGGCAGCUCUCAGGUGCUGAGCUCGGGGCCCACACUGCAUCUCCCAUCCGUGGCGCUGGAGGAUGCGGGCGACUAUGUGUGCAGGGCUGAGCCGCGGCGCUCCGGUCUGGGAGGCGGCACCGCGCAGGCGAGGUUGACAGUGAAUGCUCCCCCGGUAGUGACGGCCCCUCACCCUGCGCCAGCCUUCCUGAGGGGCCCUGCUCGCCUCCAGUGUGUGGUGUUUGCUUCUCCCGCCCCGGACUCCGUGGUUUGGUCUUGGGACGAGGGCUUCCUGGAGUCAGGUUCACUAGGCAGGUUUCUGGUGGAGGCCUUCUCAGUCCCGGAAGUGGAGGGAGGACAGGGCCCAGGUCUUAUUUCUGUGCUACACAUUUCCGGGACCCAGGAGUCCGACUUUACCAGGGUCUUCAACUGCACCGCCAGGAACCGCCUGGGUGAGGGGCGAACACAGGUCCACCUGAGCCGUAGAGAUUUGCUGCCCACUGUGCGGAUUGUGGCUGGAGCAGUCUCCGCAGCCACCACGCUCUUUAUGGUCAUCACUGGAGUGGUCCUCUGCUGCUGGCGCCAUGGCUCUUUCUCCAAGAAAAAGAACUUGGUCCGGAUCCCAGGAAGCAGUGACGGCUCCAGUUCACGUGGCCCCGAGGAGGAGACAGGCAGCAGAGAAGACCGGGGUCCCAUUGUGCACACUGAGCACAGUGACUUGAUUCUUGAUGAAAAGGAGGCUCUGGAGACAACGGAUCCAACCAACGGUUACUACAAGGUUCGAGGAGUCAGUGUGAGCCUUAGCCUUGGGGAAGCCCCUGGAGGAGGCCUCUUCUUGCCACCCUCCUCUCCGAUUGGACUGCCAGGGACUCCUACUUACUAUGACUUCAAGCCACACCUGGACUUAAUACCCCCCUGCAGACUGUACAGAGCACGGGCCGGUUACCUCACCACGCCUCAUCCCCGCGCUUUCACCAGCUACAUGAAACCCACAUCCUUUGGACCCCCAGAUUUGAGCUCUGGGACUCCCCCCUUCCCCUACGCUACCUUGUCUCCACCCAGCCACCAGCGUCUCCAGACUCACGUGUGAAGACAUCUCUCUAAUUGAAGAGUCUUGAGAUCUUCGACCUGCCGUCAUGUCCUGUCCAGCUUUCUGAGAAAUCAGGACAAGUUGAUGACCUAUUCCUCCAAAAUGGAGUACCAAAGGAGGGGAACAAUGUCAGCAUCAUUGAUGCAGAGUCAGCUCAGCCAAAACGGAUGCUCCAAGCGGGAGCAAUAUGACCACUUUACCCAUUUAUUCUCCCGUGAGAAAGACAUUCAAGAUGGCGACUAAACUCUUUGCAGAGGGACAGAAGACGGGAGGAGAUGGGAGUUAGGGCAUGGAUGGAAGGCGUUUCUAGCCAGUAGAGAAGAUAUUUGAAAAUGGCCAUCUGCAGCAAGAAUAAUGAUAGCACAAGACAAGUCAAGAUGAAAGAAAUAAUUCCCCACACCCAGUCCUGGCUUUCCCAGGGAGGGGAACUUUGGCCAAUAAAAGUAUAGCCAAUAUGGCUGCUCAUUCUAUGAGAACUCAGAA